AUGGAAGAGCCGAGCGCAUGUGGCGACCGGCCUGUGGGCACUACGGAGGCGUCUGACGCUAUGGCUCUCAUUGCUAAUGACCUCCUCUCUGCGUCCGACGCAAAUGAAGACACGCCAUCUAUGCUUACGGCUUCCGAAGAGGUGUGGGGGACCAUGAAAAGUGCAGAGGCACCAGAAUGCCGAGAAUCGUCGGACCUGCUUACCCAUACCUUGCAAAAAGUGGGCAUCCCCCCAGCUCCACUGAAGAACGAGAGCCACAACGAUAGAGACAGCUGCAGUGAAGAGUUGAUUAAAAGUCAGGUUACAGGGGCUUUUGCGUCUGCAGACGCGCAUUUGUGUGCACCAAAAUUAGCCGACGCGGAAUUUCCCGCAACUCCUCAUGCAGCGAGUAACUUGGAGGAGGCUCGGAAGGGAGAAAAGGAGGAGCGCAGUGCAUCAGAAGACACAGCAGUCCCUUCUUUGGAGUCUGAACCAGGCCAGGGCAGCAGCUCGCUGCUCCCGGAGGGAGUCUACGCUGUGGGGGAAGGAACACUCGUAGAGGACAACUUUGCGUUUAAUGAAGAUGACAUGCAUGCUAUAGCGACUGCGUUUCAGACCACCAGUGAUAUCACGGCCGUGGACCUCACAGCUGAUAAGGAGAAGACGAGAGAGCGAGCUGCCAGUUCUGGUGCCGCCGUUCCUCCGCAGAGUACCCCGUCAGCUCGUCUGACCGAGCUUUGCACAAAGGCGCAAGGAGCUGACAGACACAAGAACAAAGCUCCACUUGGUGAAGCAUCGGGUGAUACCUCUUACUGGCCUUUUGAAAGUGGCUUGAGGCCGUGGGAAGACAUCGGGCAAGAAGCUCGCGAAACUGCCGAAGGAGUGAACGGCCACCAGCUUGAGGAUUACAGAAAGAUCCGUAUUUGGGUUGUUUAUAGGGGUGUAUACACGCCCGUUUCGUGGCCGUUGGACACCUGUGCAGAGGACGUGAAAACGUCAGUGCUGUGUGCAUGCGACGUCAUGGCGGAUGAAGGAGAGGACUCGGAAUCUUCGAAAGCAGGAGCCGGCUUCUGCCUCAGGCAAAUUCGCCCGUUGCCAGACUCAGCCGAGGUUGAUGGCGAUGAUUUGUUUCGGGGGGUCAAAACGCUGACUUUGCGCUCUGACCUGCCCCCUCCAGCGGAGGAGGCGGAGGGGAAUUCUCGGCAAGGCAGCGAGUCAAACGGUCCUCUAGACGGAAGCUCGAAAGGCGAAAAAGGUAGCUCUGAGGUUCGUGUUCGCGUAGUGCUAGGCCCUCGUAUGUUUUCAAAGGACUUUCCAUCGCUGACAGACGGAGCCACCUACUUGCUAGAGCCCUACUCCACAGAAGCGGAGGAUGCACAGCAACGCGCGGAGCUGUCCAACCUUAGGAAAUUGACCGGCGAUAAGUGGCGGAGGAUCUCUGUCGCUAUAGAACCAAUGCGUCACAUCGAGGCUCAAAAAGCGAUCCUGCAAAUGCGCAGAGGCACGAACCUGCUGAAGCACACGCGGUUUGGGCAUCCACACCUCCGACAGUUUCAGCUGUCUACUGACCAUCAGCGGCUGCUUUGGUACUCUGCCAGCAAGGGCAAAGACGCCUCCAUGGUCCACAUGGGAGACUUGGAGGGGCUUGUUCUCGGUCAGAAGUCCGUAACGUUUGGGGGUUACAGAAUACCCACGCUGUCGCAUUUGAGCUUUUCGCUCGUGUUUAGGGACGGGGAGCCUUCAAGGGCAUACGCAGAGACUUUGUUGCUUCCUGAUGCCACUUUGGAAGAAGCAAGAACCCUGGAUCUGACGUGCAAAGACGAGUUCGAGUUCGACGCUUGGGUAACGGGGUGCAAGGCGAUUAUUGCAGCAAACAAAGGACUCAAGCUUUCGAAGAUGCACCUCCUCUCGCAUUCACGGCGAUUUUUGAAAGCGAUGCAGCGGAGUCAAACAACCGUGCAACUCACAAAGCUGCCAGAGGUCAAGGAAAGCGCUGGUCUCCAAGACUGCAUGGACUUGCCAUGGCAUCCCCCGGAGGAGCUCGAGAGAAAAUACGAGGAGCAAAAGAAGCGGCUCGACGCAGCGGCUGAGGAGAUGCGGGGCCUAGACCGAAAGGCGAUCGUGCGCUCAAACGUAGAUUUAUCGGUAUUCGUGGGCGCCGGCCCUGCGUACGCCACCAUCUUGGGGGAUUGCGCUGAAGUGGACGAUGAAGAUAUGGAGUUUGAGCGUAUGCUGGAGCUUGUAAAAGAAGUAACGCAAGUGCUUACCCAAGCAAAAACAGAGUUGCGAGAAUACAGAGAAGCUGAGAGUACGCGGUUGCAGCAGGAGCGCGUGGAGGCUUCAGCCUGCAUGGAGUGCACAGUCUUGAACCCUCCCGGCAACAGUGAGGCACCAAGCCCCGCAUCCGAGGAGUCUCCACGGGGUACCGACCAGGAAGGCCGCCUGUCUCCUUCGCUAGAAGGCUUGGAUAGUUCUUCGAUCCUUGCCAUUUCAUCGGGAGGCCAAGUCCUCACGCGGUCGGGAUCCCCCGGACUGACGUUUGAAGAGCGCUUCAAGAUGGCAUCCGGCAGCUCUGUAGACCUCGAUGCAGUGCAGGAGCAGUUGAAAGAGGGCCUUUCGACACUGCUGCAGCACGCGGCCUCCCAAACAGCGGAAGCGCAACAGCUUCUCUCCUCGGCUCUCGCAGCGGCUGCCUCGGCAGUUGGAGUGGAAGCCAAAAGCGAAACAGAACCCCCCCCGACACUGCCUGAAGAGGACGUGGUUAAACUCAAGUCCAUCAAUCAGCUGCUGUGGAGGGCAGAGGUAGACGUCGAAAAUAUCGAAGAUAUGCUGGCGCGCCUCCAGGCCUCUAGCGGAUUCGGAGGCCUUGCACUGGCGGGUACCGUGGCCAAUUUGAAUCAGAUGGUGACUGAGCAGGUUAACAAGUGGGGCGGCCAGAUUGCGUCCAUGGUGACGGACCUCUUGCGGCGAGCAGAAGUCCCACAACUUGUGUCGCCUACGGGGCUUCAUCAGUGGCCAUCGGUUGCAUAUUCGGACUCCGAAUACGAAGACGAUUUGAGCUAA